GCUUCCGAUCUUUGAUCAAAACACCGUUGGCAUUUAAUUAUCCGUCGAAUCAGCAUUCAUUUUAAAUUCAAAAUGUAAUCGGAUUUUGUUUCUCUCUCGGAAAAUACAUCGAUUUUUCUCCAUUCUUUUCAAACAGUCUCGAAUGAUAUGACUGUCAGUUACAAUCAGUCUGUGGCCACUUCAAGGCCUUGGACUUUUCUAGCCCUUAUCUUCAGAUGGCGUGGGUCUGUGUGGAGUGCAAUUUGGAUACAGUACUCCGUGUGGUUGGGAUUAUAUUUCUUGGUCUCUGCCAUAUAUCGAUUCAUCCUCUCCGCUUAUCAACAACAGAUAUUUGUUCGAUUAGUUGACUAUGUAAACUCUCGAAUGUCGUACGUUCCCUUAGAUUGGAUGCUGGGAUUCUUCAUUGCAGGUGUUCUACGAAGAUUUUGGUAUUUGUACGAUAUUAUUGGAUUUAUUGAUAAUAUUGCCUGUUCAACGGCAACCUAUAUAAGAGGAGACAGCGAACGAGCAAAACAGUAUCGCAGGAACAUUAUUCGAUAUUGUGAACUGACUCAAGUCCUAAUUUUCCGUGAUUUGUCAAUGAAAGCUCGUAAACGAUUCCCAACUUUGGAUACAGUAGCUGCAGCUGGAUUCAUGAUGCCUCAUGAAAAAGCGAAUUUCGAUCUGAUUCAGUACAAUUAUAAUAAGUAUUUUCUACCAUUCAACUGGGCAUGGGCUCUUGUGUACAAUGCACGGAAGGAAGGAUUAAUUGAAGGAGACUAUUAUGUUACAGUAAUCUCUGAAGAUAUCAAAAAGUUCCGUACAGGACUGGCUUGGGUUUGUAACUACGAUUGGGUGCCACUGCCGAUUAUCUACCCAACUAUUGUAUGUUUGGCCGUUCAUAUGUACUUUUUUGUCGGAAUUCUGGCUCGCCAAUAUGUUAAAGGCUCAGAAAUUGAUCCUGAUAUGAUAGAUCUUGUAUUCCCAUUUAUGACAAGUAUCCAAUUUGUUUUCUAUAUGGGUUGGUUGAAAGUCGGAGAAGGUCUACUGAAUCCAUGGGGUGAAGAUCCUGAUGAUUUUGAGACGAAUAUGCUGAUCGACAGAAACUUGGCGAUGGGUUUGAAAAUAGUCGACGAAGGCUAUGAUAAAACGCCAAGGCUGGAAAAAGACGCAUUCUGGGAUGACACGUGGGUUCCACUGUAUUCAGAGGCUAGUGCACAUGAAAAACGAUACCAUCAGAGGCAAGGAUCAUUGGCACAUAUCAAAAUUGGGCGAUCUGUAUCACAAGUCAGAAUGGUUCCCCGAGAUGGGCGACGAGCAAGCAUUGUUAAGGAGAGAAUUGUAAAUGUGAAACCAGGAAGUGGAAUCGGUGAUAUUCUUCGACCAUCUUCACUUCUCAACCUAAUGAAACACGCUUCCUCGUCACGCAGUUUGGAGCGGCAGAGAAGUCCCGGAAGCUUCAGAAUGGAAACUCUGACGCCUGGCUCGCCAACAAAUACACCGAUUGAACCCAUUGAUAAAAUUGAUAAGAAAAAAUAGACAUGUUCUCUUUUGGAUGCUAUCCGAUUUGUAGUACUGUAAAAUUAAUUGUAAUUAAUUCAAUAAAGAAAUUUGAAGACUCGA